UUUUUUAUUCCCUGAAUUGAUUUGGUUUCGGAGAAGCGCCAAGAAAUCGAACGAUCGCCAUGAAUGAAUCCGAAGCGUUCUAAAACCCCUCUCCGACGCCGUUGCCUUCACGUUUCCCCUGCUCACGAUUUUCCCCCCAUCUCCCACGCAAGAGAGAGAAAGAGAGAGUCUACGCGUCGCUAGGGUUUUGAGACCUCUUUGCUCUCUCUCUCUCUCUCUCUCUCUCUCUCUCUCGCCUUGUUGGUGUUUCUAGGGUUUCGAGGUGUUCUUCUUUGAUCUUCGGAGGGGAAGAUGAGCUUCCGAAAGGGUUCCAAGGUAUGGGUGGAGGACGCGGAGUGCGCAUGGGUCGAGGGUGAAGUGAUCGAAGUGAGGGAUAAGCUCCUUGUUGUUGUCACCCCUCAGAAGAAGAAGGUCACAGUUGCUCCGGGGAAAUUACUGCCUAGGGAUACUGAUGUGGAUCUUGGAGGGGUUGACGACAUGACGAAAUUGACUUAUCUGAAUGAGCCUGGGGUUCUAUACAAUCUCGCGAGAAGAUAUUCGCUCAAUGAGAUUUAUACAUACACAGGAAGCAUAUUGAUUGCUGUUAAUCCAUUCGCAAAGCUUCCUCAUUUGUAUAAUGAGCACAUGAUGGAUCAAUACAAGGGUGUUCGACUGGGGGAGUUAAGUCCACAUGUUUUUGCUGUAGCUGAUGCAUCGUAUAGAGCUAUGAUAAAUGAUGGGCGCAGCCAGUCCAUUUUGGUUAGUGGAGAAAGUGGGGCAGGGAAGACUGAGACAACAAAGCUUAUCAUGCAGUAUCUAACAUAUGUUGGUGGUCGGGCUGCUAUGGAUGAUCGGACAGUUGAGCAACAAGUUCUUGAAUCGAAUCCGCUUUUAGAAGCAUUUGGGAAUGCAAAAACAGUUCGGAAUGAUAAUUCAAGUCGGUUUGGAAAAUUUGUUGAGAUCCAGUUUGAUGGGAGUGGUAGGAUAUCUGGUGCUGCUAUUAGAACCUAUCUUUUGGAGAGAUCUCGUGUAGUGCAGAUUACCAAUCCUGAAAGAAACUACCACUGUUUCUAUCAAUUAUGUGCCUCCAGAAAGGAUGUUGAGAAGUACAAGCUUGGGCACCCUAGCACCUUCCAUUAUUUAAACCAGAGCAAGACAUACGAAUUGGAAGGAUUGAGCAAUGCAGAGGAAUAUUUGAAGACGAGAAGGGCAAUGGAUAUAGUUGGUAUAAGUGUUACUGAUCAGGAGGCUAUAUUUCGAACCUUGGCUGCUAUUCUUCACCUCGGCAAUAUCGAAUUUUCUCCUGGCAAAGAUCAUGAUUCUUCAAUUAUUAAGGAUGCAAAGUCUAAUUUUCACCUUCAAAUGGCUGCUAACUUGUUCAUGUGCAAUCCAGAAUUGUUGGUUGCAACAUUGUGCAGUCGCUCAAUACAGACUCUCGAAGGAACUAUAACAAUAGCACUUGAUUGUGCUGCUGCUGCAGCUAAUCGUGACGCAUUAGCAAAGACUGUAUAUUCUCGAUUAUUUGAUUGGCUAGUUGAUAAUAUUAAUAAGUCUGUUGGGCAAGACAAUGAUUCAAAGAUACAAAUUGGUGUCCUGGACAUCUAUGGCUUCGAAUGCUUUAAGAAAAACAGCUUUGAGCAGUUUUGCAUUAACUUUGCAAACGAAAAACUUCAACAACAUUUCAACGAGCAUGUAUUCAAAGUGGAGCAGGAAGAAUACAAAAAUGAGGAGAUAAAUUGGAGCUAUAUUGAAUUCAUAGAUAAUCAGGAUGUUCUGGAUUUGAUCGAGAAGAAACCUAUUGGAAUCAUCUCAUUACUGGAUGAAGCAUGUAUGUUUCCAAAGUCAACUCAUGAAACUUUCUCCACCAAGCUGUUUCAGACUUUUCGCUCACAUUCCAGAUUAGAAAAGACGAAGUUCUCUGAAACAGAUUUUACGAUAUCGCAUUAUGCCGGGAAGGUGACUUAUCAAACAAAUUCAUUUUUGGAUAAGAAUAGAGACUAUGUCAUUGUGGAACAUUGCAAUCUUCUGUCUUCAUCAAAAUGUCCUUUUAUUUCUGGACUCUUCCCUUCGCUGCCUGAGGAGUCUUCAAGAUCAUCAUAUAAAUUUUCUUCUGUUGCUUCCAGAUUUAAGCAACAACUUCAAGCCCUCAUGGAAACACUUAGCUCGACAGAACCUCAUUAUAUACGCUGUGUGAAGCCAAACUCUCUCAACCGUCCUCAGAAGUUUGAGAAUCAGAGUGUGUUACAUCAACUUCGAUGUGGUGGUGUGUUAGAGGCUGUGCGGAUAAGCCUUGCUGGUUAUCCUACUCGGAGGACUUAUUCUGAAUUUGUAGAUCGGUUUGGAAUUUUAGUGCCAGAGCUCAUGGAUGGAAGUUAUGAUGAAAAGGCACCGACAAAGGGAAUUCUCCAGAAGCUGAAACUUGAAAAUUUCCAGCUUGGUAGGACAAAAGUUUUCCUCAGGGCUGGUCAGAUUGCUGCGCUAGAUUUGCGACGUAAUGAAGUUUUGGAUAAUGCUGCAAGGUUUAUUCAGGGUCGUUUUAGGACGUUUAUCGCUCACAAAGAGUUUGUUAUGACUAGGAAUGCUGCAAUUUCCCUCCAAGCUUAUUGUCGAGGCUGCUUGGCACGGAGUAUAUAUUCAAUUAAAAGAGAAACAGCGGCAGCUGUCUCAAUUCAAAAAUACAUCCGAGGAUGGCUGUUACGCCAGGCCUUCUUGCAGGUUUCCUCCGCAGCUCUACUUGUUCAAUCUUGCAUCCGAGGAUUUCUCACUCGUCAGAAGUUCGCCCGCAUCAAGGAGCAUAGGGGUGCUAUACUAAUCCAGGCAUUGUGGAGGAAGCAUAGGGCACAUAAGUCUUUCCAGCAUUACCGAUGUGCUGCAGUAUCCAUUCAAUGUGCUUGGAGACGAAAGCUUGCAAGAAGGGAACUCAGGAGGCUAAGAAUGGCUGCAAAUGAAGCUGGUGCACUGCGUGAAGCAAAGAAUAAACUCGAGAAGAGAUUGGAAGAUCUUUCUUUGAGAUUGACUCUGGAGAAGAGGCUGCGUGUGGCUACCGAGGAGUCAAAGGUGGCGGAAGUUGCAAAGCUUCAAAAAUCCUUGGAGUCAUCAAUUGCCGACUGCACAGCAGCCAAAUUGGCUGCUGCAAUGGAACAUGGCAAAAUUGUGUCUAUUCAAAGUCGGUUGGAUGAGUCAUUAAAAGAUAUAGCAAUUUUGCAGAAAAAUCUUAUUGAUAUGGAAGAAGUCAAGAAACAAAACUCCUAUCUCAAGAAAUCUGUUGAAUCUAUAACUAGAAGAAAUUCCGAGUUGGAAAGUGAGCUCGCAAAAUCUCGAAAAUGUAGCGACGACACUUUGGAGAAGUUGCAAGGUGCAGAAGGAAAGUGUAGACAGCUUCAGCAAAAUUUGGACAAGUUGGAGGAGAAGCUCUCAAACUUGGAAAAUGAAAAUCACAUUCUAAGGCAAAAGGCAUUUAGUUUAUCUCCAAUGGACAACCUUUCUUCACACGUGAAGCCAUUUUCUGAGGGUAUGUCUGAUUUGGCUAAACAGAAAAAUUCGGGUGCUCUGGCACUUCCAGACAUCAACCAGAAGCCUGUAUUUGAAACUCCAACACCAACAAAAUAUUUAGUUCCACUUCCCCAGAGUUUAACAGGAUCAAGACGAACAAGAAUACCUAUCGAGAGGCAUGAGGAAAAUCAUGAACUUCUUUUGAGGUGUAUUAGAGAGAACUUGGGGUUUAAGGAUGGUAAUCCAGUUGCAGCAUGUAUCAUAUAUAAAUGUCUUCUGCACUGGCACUCUUUUGAAGCUGAGAGGACAGCAAUUUUUGAUCACAUAAUUGAAGCAAUUAAUGAUGUUUUAAAGGACGACGAAGGGGAUGACAGUUUGCCUUAUUGGUUGUCGAAUACUUCUGCUCUUUUAUGCCUCUUGCAGAGAAAUCUUCGCUCGAAUGGGUUCCUUACAACGCCUUCACGGCGUUCUGCCGGGUCUGUUGGUUUGGCCGGAAAGAUAUUAAGAUCUUUGAAAUCACCUUCAAAGCUUAUUGGAGCUGAAGAUGCUCUGACACAUGUGGAUGCUCGCUACCCAGCCAUACUGUUCAAACAGCAGUUGACUGCAUGUGUGGAGAAGAUUUUUGGACAGAUUAGAGAUAAUCUGAAGAAAGAAAUAUUACCACUUCUCAGCCUUUGCAUUCAGGCUCCAAAAUCUGCUCGAGGACCUUCUGGAAGAACAUCCAAAUCACCUGGUGGUGUUGCUCAACAGCCAUUAAAUACUCACUGGGACAGCAUUAUUAGAUUCUUGGAUUCGCUUAUGGAUCGUCUCCGCCAAAAUUAUGUGCCUUCCUUCUUCAUACGUAAGCUCAUUACACAGCUCUUCUCCUUUAUCAAUAUCCAGUUAUUUAAUAGUCUUCUUCUACGGCGUGAGUGCUGCACGUUCUCCAAUGGAGAGUAUGUAAAGUCUGGCCUUGCGUUGCUGGAGAAAUGGAUUGCUGAUGUCACGGAGGAGUAUGCAGGAACUUCCUGGCAUGAGCUGAAUUACAUUAGACAAGCUGUUGGGUUUCUGGUUAUUCAUCAGAAGCGGAAAAAGAAACUUGAAGAGAUACGGCAAGAUCUUUGUCCGGCCUUAAGUGUUCGACAAAUUUACCGGAUAUGCACGAUGUACUGGGAUGACAAGUACAGUACUGAGAGUGUGUCAAGUGAGGUUGUUGGAACAAUGAGGGAGAUGGUAAACAAAGAUUCGCAGAAUCUUGUGUCUAAUUCAUUUUUGCUGGAUGAUGAUUUAAGCAUACCAUUUUCUACAGAAGAUAUAUCAAAGGCUAUUCCAGCAAUAGAUCCAAUGGAUGUUGAACUGCCGCAGUCGCUUAGUCAGCUUCCAUCUGCGCAGUUUCUACUCCAGCAUCCUGAGCCGCAGCCGGCCUAGGUUAGUUGCUGUGGAAUAAUAUCAUUCUACUACAUUCUGUAAAAUCAGGGGUGUUUUUUAAUGUCACAGACGCUCGUGUUCAGCAGCUGCCACAGUUUGAAAUUUAGAAAUUUAGCAACAAUUGUUGCUUGGCACUAGUGGUUCGCGUAGUGAAAGUACGGCUAAAUUGAUAGGGGCUUUGUAUCAUAUUAGUCAUGUCCCCCUUUCCCGAUCUUUGCGGCAAGGGAUUAGGUAUGUUGUGUAGCACGAGUGUAGGAUCUUUUCUAUUUAUUUUAUAUUUUGCCAUAUACGCAGUGUCAUUCCAUUUUAGGGAUCACAAAAUAUGUUGGAAAGAAAUUGCUGUCGGUAUAGUAAUGAAAAAGCAUAGGCUUAUUUAUUAAGCAUU